UUGCGUCACAGCCGCCGCCCCGCCCGUUGUUGACGUAACGCGCUGCGUGUCCGCCGGAAACAACGAGACCGGGAGAGGGAGAGAGAGCGGCUGAUUUAUUGAAACAUGGACUCUGAAGACAUUCCUGAGUUUUUAAGCCCGAAAGAAGAAAUUGUUUAUUGGAGAGAACUGUGCAAGACGUUUAAACAGAGUUAUCAGGAGGCCCGUGAUGAACUUGUGGAAUUCCAGGAAGGCAGCAGAGAGCUGGAAGCUGAGCUGGAGACACAGCUGGUGCAGGCCGAGCAGAGGAAUAGAGACUUGUUAGCUGAUAACCAAAGACUUAAAUACGAAGCGGAAACCUUAAAGGAAAAGCUCGAGCAUCAGUAUUCGCAGAGCUAUAAACAGGUUUCUCUCCUGGAGGAUGAGCUGGGUCGGGCUCGAAGCAUUAAGGAUCAACUCCAUAAGUACGUUCGAGAGCUAGAACAGGCCAACGAUGACUUGGAAAGAGCAAAACGAGCAACAAUCGUUUCUCUGGAAGACUUUGAACAAAGGUUGAAUCAGGCGAUUGAAAGGAACGCAUUCUUAGAGAGCGAACUGGACGAGAAGGAGUCUCUGUUGGUCUCCGUGCAGAGGCUAAAAGACGAAGCGCGAGAUUUAAGACAGGAAUUAGCAGUACGAGAGCGGCAGACAGAUGGGACAAGAAAGUCUGCACCGAGCUCCCCUACACUAGACUGUGAGAAAAUUGACUCUGCGGUACAGGCCUCUCUCUCCCUACCUGCCACACCAGUGGGCAAAAUAUCAGACAACAGUUUUACCUCCCCGAAAGGUAUACCAAAUGGUUUUGGAACCACACCGCUCGCUCCUUCCGCCAGGAUAUCUGCACUUAACAUUGUGGGAGACCUGUUGAGAAAAGUUGGAGCCUUGGAAUCCAAGCUAGCGGCAUGCAGGAACUUUGCAAAGGACCAGGCCUCUCGGAAAUCCUACGUCCCAGGAAACUUAAACAGCAGCAGCAGUAGUUUACUAAACAACAGUGGUGCAAAAUACCCCCAUCCUGGGCACACAUCAUUUUUCGACAAAGGGGCAAUGAAUGGGUACGAACCACCUGGGGUUUUAGGAUCACGACCACCGUCUCCUCCAGGCUUGCUCCCCCUGAGCGUAUGAACAAGGGAUGUAACGGAAGGACUUGCAAUAUUCUUUGUGGAUGUUCUGCGAAAUGCGGAGGACAAUACAUGCUUCACAUUAACUUCUUCACUGUCUUGAGGGGCUGGCAGUGCUGCCCCUUGGCAUCAGAGGGGUUAAACUAUUUUUUUCAAGCUGGAUCUGAGACCUCACAAUAUAUUCACUGCUGCCACCGCCUCUGCCACCAUGUGGAUCUGACACCCGCUUCUUCGAGUUCUCUCUGUAUUGUGCUGUGGGCUGUUAAUCGGCGGAGGUUUCAUACUGAGCCAAAGUGUUCCACAGUCUGCUCAUUGAGAAUACUUUAUCAACCGCCUCCCACGCCAGACCUGAAAAAGGCUUUGACGCAGCAGGUGGACCCAGAGGACAAUAAGUUGUCCCUCACCUGCCAAGGAUGCACCGAAUGUAGGAAUCUCACCCCAGAAAAUCCUCCCCUCAAACCACCAAGCUAAGUUACAGGGUUGCUGCUGACUUCGUCAGACUUUUUUUUUUAUUUAAAAUGUAUUUUUGUUUUGUUAAACAGUGUUGAUGAUGUGACCGCUGUGGUCAAACAGGGCUCUUGGUACAUUGUGACUGACUCUUCAAACUGUGUGUUUACAUACAAAUCUCCCCAAACGUUUCCCUCCUUUGAUGUGCCUCUAUAUGUACCUCCUGUUACUUAAAACCAAUCUAAAAUCCCUUCCUCCAUACAAAGUACACAUUGAUGAUUAGUUCAAGGUUCUUGUGUUUGUACAUAUGUCAUUUUUCCAUGUUAAUUCUGACCAUGAGUUCUCCUUUUCCUUUAGAGUUUCAGCGCAAAAUCAUUUAACUUCUCCCUCUGACACACCAGGUGUGUACUAGGCCACUAAACGGUUGCUCUUUCUCCUAACAAUGCAUUAAUCUGGCAUACCCUUCUCCCGCACAUUAUUUUUAAGCACACUUAAUUUUAAAACUUUAGGAAAGUUUAAAUGGUUGAAAUAUAUAUAUAUAUUUUCUUCCCCUCCCUCUGUUCUUACUUGUUGAAGUUGUGAAGACGGUUUACAGUUAUUUUUGUUUUUAUUGUAUAUAGAUUUGUAAACAUAAUAUUUUUUUUGCCUAAGAUAUUUGUACAUAACUUGGGCGUCUGUAGCUCUAUUUAUUGAAAAUUCUAUAUGGCAUGUUUAACGAAGGGCAGUUUAAAAUCUGAUAAUCGCUACACAAACAGAAGUCUCUGCAUCAGGAUUGCAAAUGGCUCUCUGAACUCAACAGUUUUGAAAGAAUAAAAACCUUCAACGUGAAAAAGAA